AUGGUGCACACGAGCCGGGGCAACAGGAACAGGCAUGCAAGGCCCUCUGGAAAAGAAGUCUGCUAUGAAAGAGUGGGAUGCUUUAAAGAUGACUUAACAUGGUGGACAGGGAUUUUGUCAAGACGUUUGGCAGGUUUACCCUGGUCUCCAGAGAAGAUAAACACUCGCUUUCUCCUCUAUACUAUACAUAAUCGCCAUGACCACCAGGAGAUCAGUGCAGUUAACUAUUCAACUAUCCGAGCCUCCAAUUUUGGAACAAACAAGAUGACGCGUAUCAACAUACCUGGGUGGAACACAAAUGGCAAAUGGCAGAGACACAUAUGCAAUACACUGCUCCAAGUGGAAGAUGUGAACUGUAUCAAUCUAGACUGGCUCAACGGAUCACUGGAAUACAACCACGCUGUAAACAAUCUCCCUGUGGUCAGUGCUGAGGUGGCUUAUUUUGUUGAUAUUCUGAGGACAAAAUUUGGAUAUCCCCCAUCUAAAGUGCACUUGAUUGGCCACAGCUUGGGAGCACAUCUGGCAGGGGACGCUGGGGCAAGGAUCCCCGGCCUCGGAAGAAUAACUGAAGCAUAUUUCUCCCUUGACUGUAACCAUGCCCGGAGUCAUCGCUUCUAUGCUGAAAGCAUUCUCAACCCUGAUGCAUUUAUUGCUUAUCCGUGUAGAUCCUACGAUAAUUUUAAAGCAGGGGAUUGCUUUCAUUGUCCCAAAGAAGGUUGCCCUACAAUGGGUCACUUUGCUGAUAGAUUUCACCUCAAAAACACGACGAAUGAUAGACCAUAUUAUUUUUUAAACACAGGGACUUUUUCCCCAUUUGCCCGCUGGAGGCACAAAUUAACUAUCAAACUUAGUGGAAACAAUUCUACUAAUGGGAAGCUGUUUCUCCGUGUAGGUGGAACAAUCAGGAAAACGGGAGAGUUGGAGAUAGCUAGUGGAAAACUUAAGCCAGGCAUGACUUAUACAACAUUCAUUGAUGCAGAUGUUGACGUUGGAAAUAUCACAAGUAUUGAGUUCACUUGGAAGGAAUAUUCAUUUAAACAUUCUCAGAAUAGGUUGGGAGCAGAAAUGGUGACAGAUGUAUCUGGAAAAUACGGCUAUAAAUCUACCUUCUGUAGCCCAGACACUGUGGACUCUAAUAUUCCCCAGAUCCUGACGCCAUGCUAA